AAGGCUCUCUGUAUAAUACCAGUGGAAGCGGUAAGGAUCAUUAAUAUUUAAAGUAAAAUAUUAGGUUAUUUCAAAAAAUGUAUAUUCAUCGUCAUUUUGCAAGCUCCAUAAAGUAUUUUAGUUUAUUCCAGUCGCUAGGAGACGGCAAGCCGGAAACGGAAAUGACUUUCACGACAACUUCCGGAAGAGACAGCCAUGGCUGCUAACGAGGAGGUACUCGCUUUGAGGGCUGAAGUUACCCAGCGUGAGGAGGAGCUGAGUUCCCUGAAGCAGAGGUUGGCGGCGGCUCUUUUGGCGGAGGAGGAAUCUGAGCCAGAACGGCUGGUUCCGGUGUCACCGCUUCCGCCGAAGGCCGCACUGUCCCGAGACGAGAUUCUGCGUUACAGCCGGCAGCUCGUGCUGCCUGAAUUGGGCGUGCACGGACAGCUGCGCCUGGCGACCGCGUCAGUGCUGGUCGUAGGCUGUGGUGGGCUCGGCUGCCCACUGGCGCAGUAUCUAGCAGCGGCUGGCGUGGGCCGCAUUGGCCUGGUGGACUACGACGUGAUAGAGAUGAGCAACUUGGCCCGCCAAGUGCUGCAUGAUGAGGCACUGGCUGGGCGGGCCAAGGCCUUGUCGGCGGCCGCCUCGCUGCGCCGCCUCAACUCGGCCGUGGAGUGCGUCCCCUACGCUCAGGCACUUACACCAGCCACCGCGUUAGACCUGGUCCGCCGCUAUGACGUGGUGGCCGACUGCUCGGACAACGUGCCUACUCGCUACCUGGUUAACGACGCAUGUGUGUUGGCGGGCCGGCCUCUCGUGUCGGCCAGCGCCCUGCGCUUCGAGGGCCAAAUUACAGUCUACCACUAUGAUGGCGGGCCUUGCUAUCGCUGUGUCUUUCCCCAGCCACCCCCAGCGGAGACAGUGACCAACUGCGCGGAUGGCGGGGUGCUCGGUGUCGUAACCGGGGUGUUGGGCUGCCUGCAGGCGCUGGAAGUGCUGAAGAUCGCUGCAGGUCUGGGCCCCUCUUACAGUGGCAGCCUGUUGCUCUUUGAUGCCCUCAGAGGGCAUUUCCGCUGCAUUCAGCUGCGGAAGCGGAGACCCGACUGUGCAGUUUGCGGGGAGCGGCCCACAGUAACUGACCUGCAGGACUACGAAGCCUUCUGUGGCUCCUCAGCCACUGAUAAGUGUCGCUCCUUGCAUUUGCUGAGCCCAAAAGAGCGAGUUUCUGUCACCGACUAUAAACGACUUCUGGAUUCUGGGGCAUCUCAUCUGUUGCUGGAUGUCAGGCCUCAAGUGGAGGUGGACAUCUGUCGUUUGCCUCAUGCCUUACACAUCCCCUUGAAACAUUUGGAACAGAGGGAUGCGGAGAGCCUGAAGCUCUUAGGAGAAGCAGUCCGGGAGCGGAAGCAGGGCACACAGGAAGGGGCAGCUCUCCCUGUUUAUGUGAUUUGCAAACUGGGAAAUGACUCCCAGAAGGCUGUGAAGAUCCUGCAGUCCUUAACAGCAGCCCAAGAGUUAGACUCUGUAACAGUUCAGGACGUUAUGGGGGGCCUAAUGGCGUGGGCUGCCAAAAUUGAUGAGACAUUUCCGCUGUACUGAGAUGGCAGGUGUAGGCUGACUUCUGAAAGAUGUAGAUUACCUAAAAGAUAUAAUUAUUUACAUUUUUGAAUGAUGUGAGGAAGAGGCUGGGAUUCUACAAUAUCUGUAAAUACAUGAGAUCCUUUUUUAAGAGGAGCUUUUUGAUGGGAAUGUAUUGGAUGACUUUUAUUACUGAUGAGUUAUACUGUUUCUGAGAACCCUCUUGUUUUCAUUUUGAAUAGGCAGUGACAAAUUCCCUUUCAGAGCGAAUGUAUUAAUGUUUAUCGACAUGCUUACGAAUGGCCAUUUCCAAACACCUUUGCCAGCAUAUUCUUCUAACAUUUUGAUCUUUGCUAAUCUGACAAUUUAAAAAAAAACAAAACAAAAAACCAACUCAUUGUUAAUCUGAAUUUUUUGAGUAAGUUUGAGCAGUGUUUAUAUGCUUAAAAACUUUUUCAGUUUUUAAAAAAAUACUGUUUAUUCUUAGCUCGUGGAGCCGUGGUGGCAUAGUGGUUAAGAACUCGGCCGCUAACGAAAAGGUCAGCAGUUCGAAUCCACUAGCUGCUCCUUGGAACCCUCACGGGGCAGUUCUACUCUACCCCUUUGAAGAUGAACGUCCCUCAUUUUGUGUUUAUUUUGUGAUAGUUAUUAGAGUGAAGUGAAGCAUCCAGGCCAGAGCCCUGCAGAGGUGAGGUGUUCUUCUCACUGUGUCACAUCUAAGGGUGCAAGCAGCAGAUGGGGAAAUCCUUUAAGACCCUGAAAAUGUCCUGCUCCUCAUCAAACUCCUUUCCUAGAUUUAGCAUCCAUUGAUGAUUCUUGCCCCUUUAAUGUUUACCAUUUGCCCUCUCUCCCCAUUUUCCAAUCUGCCCUUGGCAUUCUACUAUAAGCAAGAUACUUCUCUUUCCCUUAUUAGUUAAGCAAUAAAUCAAUUAAGUCUGUAUUAUCAGUGUGGAUUCAUGCUUUUCUCUUUCAGCGAUAGUUUAUAGCUCAUUACUGUGUGUCAUUAACUGGUGCUCAAAUUGCGCCAGUUCUAGCUAGUGGAGGGCCCUUCAAGAUGACUUCUAUGUCCUUGCGACAUGCCACCGUCAUUUUGGGGGAACAUGUUUGUAAAAAUGGCAUGGGGGCGGUGUCUGACCUCUUAACUUCACAAGGGGAAAGGAGAACCAAGAUCAACAGCCAGGGCUGAUUA